GAUAUUUUCUACAAAGAAGAAAGCAGGGCAACGUUCUCCAAGUUCAGUGCAAUUCCUGAAUCUCUGAGCCCUCUCAACCCUUUUCCAUGCCCAAAACUGAUGGACACGUCUGUGCUCUGCUCUGGGUUUCCCCACACCCUUUUCCGGCCCUUACCCCUGCCUUCGUCGAUUGUUCCUUCUGUAUCCUCUUCCGCCACCACAGCAAGAGCAGCCACGAGGAACUCCCGACUCCCAACGGCAACAACUGUUGGUGAAGAGCCAUCCAAUAAUGUUAAGAAGAAUAAUGGCAAUGGAACAGUUACUGUGGUUCGUAAGAGGCGCCAUUCCACUUCCUACGUAGAAAGGCAAUCUGCCAUUCUUGAAGUUGAGCAGGCCUCUGAUUUGGAGUUAGCUCUUUCAAGGUUAGGAGAUAUGUUGAAGGUGCAAGACUUGAAUGCCAUUUUGCGACAUUUGGGGAAGCUAAACAGGAUCCAGUAUCUUUCUCAGCUCUUUGAAUGGAUGCAACAAAAUGGAAAGAUCAAUGCUUCAUCUUAUAGCAGUUAUAUGAAGUUCAUGGGGAAGAGCCUAAAUCCUGUGAAGGCAAUAGAGAUAUACAAUGGCAUUCAUGAUGAAUCGGCCAAAAGCAAUGUCUUCAUAUGUAAUUCUGUUCUUAGUUGUCUGGUCAGGAAUGGCAAAUUUGAGAGAAGCAUAAAAUUGUUUCAUCAGAUGAAGAUUAAUGGUUUAAUGCCAGAUGCUGUUACAUAUAGCACGCUGCUUGCAGGUUGUAUCAAAGUGAAACCUGGUUAUUCUAAGGCAUUAGAACUGGUUCAGGAGCUUCAACAUAAUGGGCUGCACAUGGAUAGUGUAAUUUAUGGGACACUUCUAGCUGUUUGUGCUUCAAAUAACAAAUGGGAAGAAGCAGAAAGCUAUUUUAACCAGUUGAAAGAUGAAGGUUAUUCUCCAAAUCUUUUUCACUACAGUUCUUUGCUCAAUGCUUACUCGACAAGUGGAAACUACAAAAAGGCCGAUGAGUUGGUUCAAGAUAUGAAAUCUGCAGGGUUAGUACCAAAUAAGGUAAUUUUGACCACUUUAUUAAAGGUAUAUGUUAAAGGAGGCUUGUUUGAAAAGUCAAGAGAUCUCUUAGCUGAGCUGGAAACUAUGGGCUAUGCUGAUGAAGAGAUGCCUUACUGUUUAUUGAUGGAUGGCCUUGCUAAGGCUGGGCGCAUAGAUGAAGCUAAAUCACUCUUUGACGAAAUGAAGGGAAAAUCUGUCAGAUCUGAUGGCUAUUCCCACAGUAUCAUGAUUUCGGCAUUUUCCCGGGCUGGUCUUUUGGAAGAGGCAAAGCAUUUGGCGAGGGAUUUUGAAGCUACCCAUGACAGAUAUGACUUGGUUAUGUUGAACACAACACUAUGUGCUUACUGCAGGGCAGGAGAAAUGGAAAGCGUAAUGGAAAUGCUAAAGAAAAUGGAUGGAUUAGCAAUCAGUCCUGAUUAUAAUACCUUUCAUAUCCUAAUCAAAUAUUUUUGUAAGGAGAAGUUAUAUCUUCUUGCUUACCAGACAAUGAAGGACAUGCAUGGUAGAGGUCACCAACCAGAGGAGGAACUUUGUUCCUCUUUAAUAUAUCAUCUUGGCAAAAUAAAAGCACAAUCAGAGGCAUUUUCUGUUUACAAUAUGUUGAGAUUUGGUAAAAGAACAAUGUGCAAAGCCCUUCAUGAGAAGAUUCUGCACAUUCUAAUAGCAGGAAUGCUACUGAAAGAUGCCUAUGUAGUAGUGAAGGACCAUGCACGGUUUAUUUCUAAGCCUGCAAUAAAGAAGUUCUGUACAGCAUUUUUGAAGUCAGGAAACAUCAACUUGAUAAAUGACGUUAUAAAGGCCAUCCAUGGUUGUGGCUACAAGAUUGAUCAGGGAUUGUUUGAGAUGGCGGUGUCACGCUAUAUUGCACUACCUGAAAAGAAGGAAUUGCUUCUCCAAUUGUUGCAAUGGAUGCCAAGCCAAGGUUAUGUUGUUGAUUCGUCUACGAGAAACAUCAUCCUCAAGAACUCACACUUAUUUGGUCGCCAGCUAAUUGCUGAAAUAUUGUCCAAGCAGCAUAUGGUAUCAAAAGCAUCAAGACCUAGUUAGAUGAGAGAUAAAACAAAAGAGUUCAAGGUAACGCUUAAAUGCAGCUCCACCCUUUGCAAGAUAGUUGCCAAUUUGAUCAUCAUUGCCUCCCAAGCAUGUCUAUGUCUAGGAGUGAGUUGACCAGGAAUGUACAGCGCCAAGAUUGGAUGAUGUUGAUUAUGAUCAGAUUUGAACAUUACAGUUUUGAUUAUUGGUUGUAUAUUAAUAGAAGUUAUGUGUUCAAUGGCAGCAAAAUGUGUUGUAGCUAC